CUGCGCUGUCCGCGGGCCGCGGCCUGGACGCGCUGCGGGGAGGGGCGGAGCGAACGGGCGGGAGCGCGCGCUGGGCCCGCCUCGGCUGCUGCCGCCGCCGCAGCCACCACCGCUGCCGGGGAAUAAUCUGGGCGGCAGCGGGCGGCCCCGGCUAGCAGCCACGAGCCACUUCUGCGGCUGCCGAGAAGAGCGAGGGUCGCCGGGCUCGUGUCGUCCCCCUCUCUGCCCCCCCGGAGGGGCGAGAGGGAGCCGAGGCUGAUGUCAGGUACGCCGGCGGAGGCGCCCUCAGACUGUGGGUCCAAUGUCUCGGUUACCCUCGCCCUCCCCCUCUCGGAGCGUGAGUGUGUGAGUGGGGGAGCGUGGAGGGUGGAACCCCACCCCCGGCGCCGCCAAACAGGUGUCUCGGAGUCGUCGCCGGGGCUGGGGACGUGCGGGUUCCUGAGGGAGGCGCGGGGCACUUCCUGCUCCCGGCAUCUCUGCGAACUGCCAUUGGGGCCGCCUGCCCACCGGGCCGCUAUUUUGUUGACAUGUAGGGUCGUGGGUCCUUCCCUUUUACCCUCUCGUGCCCCUCGCCUCCUCGCGCGUCGCCUGCCGUCGGGUCGCGACGGUGAGACACGGGCUGCGCUCCGGACCGCGCGGCUUGAGCACUUAGCGGUCGUGCCCCGCUGGGCCCUCUCCCUGCGGACCUGCGGGCGUUCAGGUGUGGACAUCUUCCAGGAGAGCAGCCGGGCUGCCGCGCCGCCCCAGCGCCCAGCGAGCGGGCGCCUUCCGCAAGUGCCGGGGGACUUCCUCAGGGCUCUCUUGGACCAGCAGACUAUUUCGAUCUGAUGAAGACCACCAGGGAUAUACAUCUUUAGGCUAACAAAGUUAAGUUAAUUAACUUGCUGCUGUGAGGGAGAUCACACACCAGAGGAACUGCCAGAGGGGACAGGGUUAUUAUAGGAUUCUGGAGAAGGGUGGAGUUUAGACAGAAUUUAAAUGAAACAACAUUUGAUAGGUUUAAAGUACAGCAAGACUGUGAAUCGGGUUAAUUAACAUCAGGCCUGGGCUGAGAAGUAGACUUAAAUGUCCUGUUUCCUUGAAGACUACAAAGUUAAGAUAAAUGUGGAAUGUUGUGUCUGGGAAACACUUAUCUGAAGCUCUGGGUUGGAAAUUGAAGUUGUUUCUGAUUAGCGAUUCAUCAUACAUGUCAGAGUGGGGUGUUCCAGUCUCACUGAUACACUUUCAAAUAAUUCUAACAGUCUGGUUGUAGAGAAAAAAAAAAGUUUCUCAGCAAUAUAUCUUUAGUAUGAAUUAAUAAAAGUGUUUAAAAAAAUUUUUUCCGAUUCACAGGUACACUGAUAUGCCUGUUCAGCCUGAAUAUCAAAUUGUUUUAAUUACUAUAGCACGUUUUACUCACAUGUUUAUUUUUCCAAACAACAUUUACCAUAAUUUUUACCACAUUAUUUAAUUUUUAAAAAUUGUAUAUCUUAAGUAGGUCUGCCUAGGCUUAGUCCACCCCUACACCCCUUUCAGGAAUUUCCCAGGUAUACGCUCAUGUUUAUUUUUUCAAACUUUUUAGUUACAUUUUACCAAGUUACUUAUUUUAGUUGGGAUGACAUUUUAUAUAGAUAGAUACAUAUAGAUUAAUUUGGAGCAAAUCUACAUCUUUAUCAUUGAUUUUUUUUCCAAUUUUUAUAUUGUAAAAUACACAAAAUAUACCAUCUUAACGAUUUUUAAGUGUACAGUUCAGUGGUAUUAAGUACGUUUAUAUUGUGCAGUCAUGACCACCAUCUUCCUCCAGAAUUCUUCUCAUCUUGUAAAGCUGAAACUCUACACCCAUUAAAUAAUAACUCCCCAUUCCCCUCUCCCUCUAGUCCCAGGAAAUCAUAAAUCACUUUAUGACUUUAGCUAAAUAUCUCAUAUAAGUGAAAUUACAGUAAGUCCCCUACAUACGAACCAUCAAGUUUCGAACUUUCAAAGAUGCAAACGUGUUUGCACGUCCAAUCACAUAAUGUAUGUUCACGUGUCUGGCGUACAUUGUUACAUGCAUGCAUCCUCUA